GAGCAUGAACCAUCCAUCCGGUUUACCGGAGAACUAUAUAAAUGAGACCUUUGGAAGUUUUUCUGAUCUCUUAUUUUACACUUGUUUAAAUCCAUCAAGAAAAAAAAUACCAUUAUGACUACACAGCAAGGUUCUCUCGCAACAUCCGUCAACGGCGUCGCAAUUCUUGGCGCUGUUCAAGAACAUCAAGCCGACAUCGUGUCAGCAGAGGCAUUAACUUUUGUUGCCACGUUGCAACGUAUCUUUGACAGCACUCGCAAGACUCUAUUACAGAAGCGUGUCUACCGCCAGCAAGAGCUUGAUCGUGGAGUGUUGCCCGAUUUCUUACCCGAAACGGCUUACAUUCGCAAUGAUCCCAAUUGGAAAGCAGCUGCACCUGGGCCAGGUUUGCAAGACCGUCGAGUAGAAAUCACUGGUCCUGUCGACCGUAAGAUGGUGAUCAAUGGUUUGAAUGCUGGAGCAUCGACCUACAUGGCCGAUUUUGAAGAUUCCAACAGCCCAACCUGGGAAAACUGCUUAAAUGGCCAAGUCAACCUUCGAGAUGCUGUCCGAGGUACCAUCACCUUUACUAAUCCGAAUGGCAAAACCUACGAACUACGCAAAGAUGGUAAUGCAGCGACUUUAUUGGUCAGACCAAGAGGAUGGCACAUGGUGGAAAAGCAUGUCAUUGUGGACGGACAACCCAUGUCGGCUUCCAUCUUUGAUUUUGGUCUCUUCUUCUUCCACAACGCCAAGGAACUGAUCCGCAAAGGCAAGGGCCCAUACUUUUAUCUUCCCAAGAUGGAGUCCCAUUUGGAAGCAAGACUGUGGAACGAUAUCUUCAACACGGCGCAAGAUAUGCUGAAUAUUCCUCGAGGCACGAUCCGUGCUACUGUAUUGAUCGAAACCAUUUUGGCUGCCUUUGAGAUGGAUGAAAUCAUUUAUGAAUUGCGUGACCAUUCUUCUGGAUUGAACUGUGGUCGUUGGGAUUACAUUUUCUCUUUCAUCAAGAAGCUCCGUCAGUACCCUGAAUAUGUGCUUCCUGAUCGUUCCCAGGUGUCGAUGACGGUGCCCUUCAUGGACGCUUAUGUCCAGUUGUUGAUCCAAACUUGCCACAAGCGCGGUGUCCACGCCAUGGGUGGUAUGGCUGCUCAGAUUCCUAUCAAAAAUAACCCUGAGAAGAACGAAGCUGCUAUGACCAAGGUCCGUUCCGAUAAGCUUCGAGAAGUCAAGGCGGGCCACGACGGCACCUGGGUGGCGCAUCCUGAUCUGAUCAAGAUCGCCUUGGAAAUUUUCAACGAACAUAUGCCUCAGCCCAAUCAGAUCCAUGUCCGCCGGGAGGAUGUUCACGUCACUGCCAGAGAUCUGUUAAACAUUGAUUUCGAAGGCGCUGUCACUGAAGCCGGUAUUCGUGACAAUAUCCAAGUCGGUCUGACUUAUAUGGAAUCGUGGCUUCGCGGUGUCGGUUGCGUUCCGAUCCACAACUUGAUGGAAGACGCCGCUACCGCUGAAAUCUCGCGAUCUCAGUUAUGGCAAUGGGCUCGCCAUCAAACGGUGACAAAGGAAAACAAGAAGGUCACGGGCGACUAUCUUUUGCAAGUCCUUGAUGAAGAAACCGAUAAGAUUCGUCAGGCGUUAGGUGACAAAUACAGCAGCUCCAAGUAUGAAGCCGCCAAGAUGGCCUUUGCCACCAAUGUCACUGGUGAACAGUACGAUGACUUCCUCACCACUUUGUUGUACGAUGAUAUUCUCUCUACAAGCUCCAAGCCCCGAUUGUAAAUUUAAUCAUGUCAGCCCUCUUUCUCUGUUUAUAUUCCUAUCCCCCAUCUUAAACUCCUCCGCCUUCUCAUUCCAUCCACUGUGCACCCACUUUUAUACAUUUGUAAUUCAAUAAAACUCUUUAAGAGCCAUUCAAA